GCAAUGUAAACAUAUGUUUCCCAUGCCAAUAAAGCCUCUUAAAUUGAAUUGAAUUGAAAGAGAAACAUGUUUUAUUUUGAAUGUUAAAAUGGGAGUUUUUAAGACAGCUUCAUGCAUUACAGAAUUAACAUCUGGUAAUAGAAACUGGGCCAUAGAGGAUUAUUAAAAUUAAAAAAAAACACUGCAGGGAUUUCAAGGGACAAAGCCUGUCUCCAAAAGAGAAAGCAUGGGACAACAGAACUUGCCACCUACACACAUAAAAAUAUAGCUAGUUUUAAAAACGUGAUUAAUUUAACACAUCACACAGUGGUAUGAAAGGUCAUCGCUGACAUAAAAAGGGUCUUGUAGGUGUAGCUAUUCUUCCAACCGCUAGAGGUCUUCGUUACCCAAUGAAUUUCCCCCAAAAUGUUGAACUUUGAACUUGGGAGGAGUCGCUAGUCACGGCGGUGUUUUACAGGUUUGCAUUUACAAGGAUUUGGACUGCAUUUCAGGGAGGACUAAGGCUGUCAGUCAUCAUGGCCAUUUCGAUAGCCUAUUUUAUUGAGCGAGCCAAUGCUAUUUCGUGAAUGAACCUGCAAGAGGUGCUUUUCUGAGUAGUUUUGCUCGCGAGGUGGCUAACGUUAGCUAGCCUAAUAACAUCCGGCUUUACCUCUCAAGAUGAUUAACGUUAGGUAGCUAGCCACCCUUUCCUACACGAUACUGUUUUUCAGUCACAGGAACCAACUGUCAUUUAACGUUAGACAAAUAACGUUAUUCAUCUAGCUACUAUACGUACUGUAUUGGUUUUCUAUCUAGCGCUAUCUAUUUUUCCAAAGCAAUGGCUGCAGACCUGCAAGCAAAAUACACCAAAUUGGCCCAGGAGUAUUCUAAGCUCCGGGCCCAGAACCAAGUCUUGAAGAAGGGCGUGGUAGACGAGCAGGCUAGCUCCAGCUCUCUGAAGGAGCAGAUGAAGCAGCGAGAGCAGAGCCUGAGGAAGGUGGAGCAGGAGAUGGAUAGUCUCACCUUCAGGAACCAGCAGUUGGCUAAGAGGGUAGAGCUGCUGCAGGAGGAACUGGCUGCCAGCGAAGCCAAGGGCAAGAAGAGCAAGAACAAAGGGGACUCCCCCUCCCAGCAGGGCUUGCAGCAGACCCAGAGUGUGUUUGAUGAGGACCUGCAGAAGAAGAUCCAGGAGAACGAGAGGCUUCACAUCCAGUUCUAUGAGGCUGAUGAGCAGCACAGGCAGCAGAAGGCUCAGCUGAAGGUCCGGUUGGAGGAGCUGGAGAGAGACCAUGAACAGCACCAGGCCAUAGUGGACGGACUCGCCUCCAAAUACAUGGACACUAUCGAGAGACUACAGAGUGCCAAGGCCAGACUAGAGGUGAAAUCCCAGACUCUGGAGGGGGAAACUAAUGAGUGCAGAGUUCAGACAGAGGAAUGUCAGCAGCAGUUGAGGAAGUGUCAGUCAGAGCUCAACAGACAGGUGAAACAGAGCAGUUGUGUCAUCCAGGAGAAAGUGCCCUUCAACGACACCAAAUUCAGUGACUACAACAGCCUCAAUGUUCCACCACACAACAGAAGACACCAGUUGAAGGCCCGAGACGUGGCUGGUCAGGCCCUAGGCUUCGUCCAGGACCUAGUGGCGGCUCUGUUAAACUUCCACUCCUACACAGAGCAGAGGGUGCACAUCUACCCCCUGGAUUCCUCUAUCGAACCCAUCUCACCACUCAACCAAAAGUUCUCCCAGUAUCUACAUGAGAAUGCAGCCUAUGUGCGCCCCCUGGAGGAAGGACUAGUGCAACUACACCAGAGCAUCACAGAGGACACAGUAACAGUACUGGAGACUGUGGGGAAACUGAAGGACUUUGCUGAUCAUUUCACAUCCUACACCCACUUUCUGCAGAAGAUUCUACCAUACCAGCUCAAAAGUCUGGAGGAAGAGUGCAGGGCUCCUUUGUGUACCUCCUCUCUCAUCUCUAAGAACCAGGAGCUGCAGAGUGGCAUGAAGAGAAUCACGUCAGUGUUCGACAAACUACACAGCUACAUCAUCCUACUGGCCUUACCUAGUGUUCGACAGGACGCCAUGCCCCAGAGCAGUUGCUCUGCUGUCUUCACCCAGCUGGCUGCCUGUCUACACAGUCUUCACGAUGCCGUCAAAGAGAUGUCUAAGCACUACAGCCAGAAGGCCGGUCUGGAACAGCAGUUGCCUACAGUCACUCAGAAGCUCUGCACCACUAACGAGUGUCUGCUGGCUUCCCUGGGCAUGUUCACCAACACCACCGACAAGAUUGCGACGUUCUUCAGCAACAACCUGGAUUUCUUUACAUCUUCGACAGGCUAUGGUCCGAGAGGGGGGGUGGGGGCCCUUAACCCCCUGCAGGCAGAGAGCAUGCUGGGUAACAAGAAGAAGGCUUCUGACUACAUGCACGCCAUCAGAAAGCCCAGAGCUGAGUCUGUUCCAUACAGAGAGGCCCUGUUGAACCGCCGUGUUCUAACCAGCUCUACAGAGAGCAGACAGGGACUCACACAACAGGUGAUGGCGAGCCAGGAGAAGAUCGCUCGUCUGGAGCAGGAGAAGGAGCACUGGCUGCUGGAGACCCAGCUGGGCAGGGUGAGGCUGGAGAAGGAGAGCCAACGCAUCCAGGACUUGGAGACACAGCUCUCCUCUGCCCUGGGAGGAGGAGGAGGAGGAGGAGGAGGCAGCCCAGCCUCAGCCCUCUCCCUGGGUCUGGGCAGCCCAGCCCUCACCAGCCUGGAUGAUGGAGAGCUGGAGGAGAGAGGAGUAGGGAAGGACGCUAUGAUAAGCACCAGUCUGGUUGGCAUGUUGACCACAACUCCUACCAACGAGGAAGUGGGAGACGAGGAGUCCAGAGAACAGCUGAUUAAGGCUCACUACAUGGCCAGAGUAGGAGAACUCACCACACAGCUACAGGUCUCUGACAGCAAGGCUGUUAACUUCCACGCUGAGUGUCGAGCCCUGGCCAAGCGUCUGGCCAUUGCAGAGAAGUCACGGGAGACGCUGACUGAGGAGGUCAAAUUGGCUAAUCAGAACUUCACACGUCUGCAGGAUGAGCUUGCCACGACCAAGAGGAGUUACAAGGAACAACUCAGUAUGAUGAGCGACCACCUGUGCAGCAUGAACGAGACUCUCAGCAAACAGAGAGAGGAGAUUGACAUACUCAAACUGAGCAGCAAGGGAAACUCCAAACUCCUAAAGAAGGGUCGGUAGGAAAUGAGUCCAUUGGGGAAACUGGCUCCAUUUUGGAUCAGCAGCGCACCCUUAACUGAGAGAAGGGCUGGACUAUGGAACCACCCACCCACUACAGCCCUGCCAGCUCCACACCACCAUACCACCAAGAUGGAGGACCCUGUUAGACUUCUCCAUCAGAGGGAGGCUAUUGGGGGGGGGGUCUCUACCACUCUGCUUAAAGGAAUUGUGUUUCUGAUUGACACAGAUAAUGACUUUACGUGUCAAGUGCUUCCCAGUGUGUGGCGGAAGCAGCUGCUUGACCCUUUGCACUUUGGUUUGUGGGAGGAAGUGGAAAAAUGUAAAGGAAAGAUUAUAUUUUCCUCCCCCACCAACUAGUCAGGUCAUGGAUGCUGACUACAGUCAGGGAAUGAAGACCACCUGGCCCUGAUGGUUAGUGUGUCUCUUCUCUCUGUGCUAAAUGUGGAAAUGACGGCGAUUUGAAAUAUUCAAUUUGCUCUUAAGUGGAAGGAGGAUAUCGUGUGAGCAAGUGAAGUGUUAAAUUGUGUGCCUGACUGGCUGUCUGGGUUGUUGUCUUUGUCUAAUAGUGGGACUGUAGACUGUCAUGCCAGGCUUUGAGGGACUGCUAAUUAUUAUAACUACAUUUUAUAUUUGGACUAUUUUUUUUAGAUUCAAUGAAAGAUUAUUUGUGCAAAUGUUGUGACUUGUGAGGGACUACGUUCAUUAUAUUUACCACAUUUUACUUGAAGGGCUGCACCAGAUGAAAUUAAUCAAUGAGUGACAUAUUAAUUAGACACACUAGCCUUGGAUGCCCAGGCUUCGCUGUUUAGCGGAGGCCUAAGACCGAGGCUAGACACACACUUGCAUACAUUCCCUUAAAGCUGGAAUCCUUGAUGGUGAAUUAGCCACGUCUGUUUGCGAUAUUACAACAACAAAGAACUUAGGAUUUUUUUUUUUUUUUUUUUUUACAACAUUCCUCAGCUCCGCUUUGUUAACAAAACAAUAACUGCCGUGGGGUGGAGAGUAGCUCUGUUUCCCCUACUGAGAAUUCCAUUUUUAUCUCGAUGUCCCAUCUGUCCUCGAACGAAUGACAUGGAAUAGAUCUGACCCGAUUACCCAAUCAAUUCUGACAUGACAGAUCUGUUCCACACGUUACAUUCUAUUUGAACUAAAUGAUCUGUGAUGUUGCACAAGGUAGAGUUCAUAAAAUGGUGUCUGUCUGUGAUGUUUCUCUAGUAGUUGUAACACCAAAGUGUGUAUGGAUGUGCACUGAGGAGAACUAUGCUUGUGUCCCAAAUGACACCCUAUUCCAUACGUAGUGCACUACUUUUGACCAUUGCCUUAUGGGCCCUGGUCCAAUGUAAUGCACUGUAUAGGGAAUAAUGCGGUGCCAUUUGGGACACAGCAUGUCGCACCAGUCUUCAAACCCAUGUAUCAUGUAUGGAGAAAAGGGUUUAUGUGAAUAUAAUACAUUAUUGUACCGUGUACUUUAACAGAAAUAUACAAAAAAAGAAAGGCAUUCGUUUAAGGUUUCCCAUAACUAUUUUCCAUGAUGACCCAAUGAAAUUACUAGUCGAUGAUCAAUGGAAAAGAGCAGAAACACAUCAAACUAAUCAAUCACUCACCUGCAUUUAGUACUUGAUUAUUGGGGCCCAGAGAACUGAAAAUAUUUGCCUAUUGGAAGGCAAUACACACACAAAGGUCUGCUCUUUUUUUUAACCUCCAGUAAGACUAUCAUGGUUUGUGUACCCAUUACAAUUGUAUUAUCGGCGUGUUGGCAAGCUAAGGUAGUCUACCCCUUGUCUGACAGUGUAGUGACUUCUCUAACAGUUCACAAUUAACAGCAGGGUUGUGUUCAUUAGGGCACACCAUAGCUAAACUUUUAACAAUAGAAAAUGAAAGUCCAGUUAGUAAGUUGCUGUUUCACUCAGUUUUUGAAAAUUUUCUUCCAUUUUGUACCUCCUGAAAACAACCCUGGACUCUUAUUGCUUGUGUUCUAGUGACAUUUAUAGUGUGGCCAAUAAAAUUAAUAAUCUUA